AUGCCGAACUUCUGUUCCUGCUUCGGAGGAACCCCGACCCACGAGACGGGACGACGGCCGGCCCACGAGACGGCAGAGAGGCCGUCCAUUUCCUCCUGGUUCGGGGGCAUGGCGUCAUCUCUCGGUGGAGCCGCGGGUGAGUCACCCUCAGGGGACGUUUGCUCUUUGACGUGCGCCCACGCUCCACUUACUCCCCGCCUCCCGUACCUUCCCCCUUCCCCCCUUCCCCCUUCUCCCUUCCCCCUUCCCCCUUCCCCCUUCCCCCCUUCCACCUUCCCCUUUCCCCUUUUUCCUCUUCUUGUACCGUCCAUUUCCUCCUGGCUCGGGGGCGUGGCGUCAUCUCUCGGUGGAGCCGCGGGUGAGUCACCCUCAAGAGAUGCGGCGGUGGGGGCGGGGGGCGGAGGGCGCGGUGGGGGCGGGGGCGGAGGGCGUGGUGGGGGCGGAGGGCGUGGUGGGGGCGGAGGGCGCGCUGCAGUGGGACUCACAGGAGGAGCUGUGGUGGGCAACGGGCAACUGGCGCACCAAGCUGGGAGAAGCCUGGAAGGCCCUGUGGAAAUGAAGGCGGUGGGCGCGGAGGGCGCGCUGCCGCGGUACUCGCAGGAGGAGCUGCGGCGGGCGACGGGCGACUGGCGCACCAAGCUGGGGGAAGGCGGCUUCGGCGCCGUCUACAAGGGCAUGCUGCUGCUGCCCCAAGGGGGCGAAGGGGACGGGGACGGGGGAGAUGGCAGGGGAGGGGAUAGGGAAGGGGAUGGGGAGGAUGGGGAGGGGGGGGAGGGGGUUGAGGAGGGAUUGGAGGGGUUGGAAGUGGUGGAGGUGGAUGGGAAGCGGUUUGUUGCGGUGGCGGUGAAGAUGUGCUUGACAGAGGGCGAUGUGCACGGGGGGAGAGAGCAGCUGCUGACGGAGAUCAUGGUGAUGACGGCUCUCCGCCAUCCCAACGUGCUGCGGCUGCUGGGGAUUGCCAUGUGGGGGCAAACCAUCUCCAUGGUCUCUGAGUUCGUCCCGGGCGGGGAUGUUUCUCAGCGGUUAGAGAAAGCAGCCAAGGGCAUAGAGCCCUUUCCCUGGAAGGACCGGCUGAGCAUAGCGGUGGGGAGUGUGGCGGGGCUAGCAGCGAUCCACAAGGAGGGCUUUAUCCACCGUGAUUUCAAAGCUGCCAACGUGCUUCUAACGAAGGACCUCGUGCCAAAGGUGGCGGAUUUUGGGUUAGCCAAGACAUGCCAGGACAGGACACAUGUCACGACACGAGUGGCCGGCUCGCAGGGCUACAUCGACCCCUCAUACUUUGAGACAGGCUUACUGACAGAGCACUGUGACACCUUUGCGUGGGGCAUCUUCUUGCUGGAACUCCUCUCGGGCUGCUGUGUAAAUGACCGACCGUUUUCACAACUGCAAAACCUCGCCACCGAUCCCAAUCUCUCAGACUACUCCCAAGUGGUGGACAAGAGUCUGGAGGGGCAGUGGAGCGAGGAGGAGGUGCGAGUGGUGGUGUUUGCGAUAUGUGAUGCGAUUCAGCCUGAUUGGGGAAGCCGACCCACCACAAAGCAAUUGCUAGAAAGAUUAAGAAAGAUUGCACCAGAGUAG